CAAACUGAACUGAAUAAAUAUAUCACUUGCCAGCUGUUACACAAUGCGACACUAGUUGGCGCCAUUUCCCAUCGAUUUAAGAUGAACAACUGAAAAAAAAAAAAGUAAAUGAUACUGAUGCAACAGUUUUUAUAAGUCAGAGUGACGCUCUGGGCGCAGAGACCCGUCUCCCCUCCUAAUGCUGUAUGUGUGUGUGUGUGUCAUUCAGACUUGACUGUCUGUGGUUGGAGAAAAAAAAAAACAUUUAACGGCCAAGUGUUCAGCUGAGGUCAGAGGAUGACACAGCACAAAUAGCUGUUUUUUUAUGGGUCCUGAAUCCUCUCCGCUCGAAGUAGUUUGGAAACAGCUGCCCGCUGACUUUCUGGCUCACUGACGGCGAUGGAGAAUCUGAAGCAGUUCCUGUUCGCCCUCUCCGCUGCCGGAGCUGUCGGGUUCGUCGCCAUAAUAUUCGUGCUGAGGUGGGUUCUCCACUUCCAGGAAGGCUUGGCCUGGGACGGAGGACUGGCCGAAUUCAACUGGCAUCCGGUGCUGGUCGUCACGGGCUUCAUUUUCCUGCAGGGCACAGCAAUAAUUGUCUACAGGCUUCCCUGGACCUGGCAGUGCAGUAAACUCAUGAUGAAGUUCAUCCAUGCAGGCUUGAACUUGACAGCCUUCAUUUUCGCUGUUAUUGCCAUGGUGGCCGUUUUUGACUUUCACAACUCUGCCAAGAUCCCCAACAUGUACAGUCUGCACAGCUGGCUGGGCCUGAUGGCAGUGAUACUGUAUGGUCUGCAGCUUGUUCUCGGAGUCGGCCUAUACCUGAUACCAGUUACACCUGUGGCCUGGAGAGCAGCUUUUAUGCCCAUCCAUGUCUACAGCGGUCUUUUUCUUUUCACCAGUAUCAUAGCGGUUGCUCUCAUGGGAAUCACAGAAAAACUUAUUUUUGGCCUGGCCAACCCAAAGUAUAAAGACUCUCCCCCAGAGGCAAUCUUUGUGAAUGUGUUGGGACUCCUCCUGGUUGUUUUCGGGGCUCUUAUCCUCUGGAUUGCCACUCGAGCGUCUUGGAAACGCCCCAGUGACCAGAUUGCGCAUUCUCUGCAUACCAACAGGGGAAGUGAGGACAACAGCAAAGGUGGUCCGGCAAUGUCUGAACUGGAAGAUGGAGCCAAUUGUGAGACUGAUGGAGAUGUCAGGAAGAGGAAUUGUAAAUAAAUCAGAGCUAGGCUGACAGUUUGUGUCAUAGAAAUAAGAAAAAAAAAUGCUGUGCAAAAAUCUUCAAGUAAUCUCUAGUUUACACUAUAUCUGUUGGAACAUACAAACAUUUAAAAGUAAAAAAUACACCUAAUCUUUGCAAUAAUUUUCAGUGUCCAUCUUUCUGUUUUACAUUGUCUUCAUCAAGCUUACUAUUUUAUUAGUCAGUCUUUAGACUUUAGACUUUCUCCAAUGUUCAUGAAGGACAAUCCAGAUGUCUCCUUCUGGAUGUUAGCUGCCCUUUGUUUAGUUUAUCUGUCAAGAUAAUUUAAUGUUGAUUUAAUCAUUUUGAAGUUGAAUCAAUGAAAGAGACCAAACCAUGUUUGUUUGUUUGUUUUUUCUUUCUUUCUGUGUUCUAAGUUUUGCUUUGGAAAUUGGUCUAAAGCAGUUACAAGUAAUAUUUUUAAUCAGAAAAAUCCUUCCCCGCAUUCACAUAUAAAUACAUACAUCAGCUUAGUCACCAAAUCAUUCCAGAGCCACCAGCAUGCUUUAUUGACAUCAAGCUCAGUACUGUACUCAGUUCUAAGGUUCUCACCCCCCAGAUUUUGUGCAAAUUAAGAUUUUUUUUUGUUGCACAUAAUUUGGUAUUUUUACAUUUUAGUCUUUCAAACUGCAAAAUAAUUGUCAAAUAUUCUUUAAGAAAUUAUGCAUGGUUACAAUAAAUAAAAUAAAGCUGCAAUUUGCAUGCAAUGCAAAUAGCAGCCCCCAAAAAAAUGACCAAAAAAAAAUCUGUUUUGUUGAAAGCCAAGACCAAAAAGAUAUGGGAUGUUUCAAGAUUUUUGCACUGUACUAUUUGGCCCUGAUAUGUCUCUGCACAACAUGCAAGUCCUUGUAAAUGUUUACAACACCACAAAAGGGGACCAACUGGUAUCCCCAAGCAGUGACACAAACUGAAAUUAUGAUUGUAUUGUUAAACCAACAUACACUGUUUAGAAAAUACAAAAAAAACUUACAAUUUAAAGUUUAGUAGUAUUUUAUCUUUUUUGCUCACCAAAAUAUCAUUUUAGCUUAUAUUUCACCAGCAUUUAUUGCUAUAUUUGCAUGUAAAUAUUGAUGAGCUGUGGGAAUAAGAUGUAGAUGCUCACAUUGGAAUAGAUAAUCCAAGUUAAUUUCUUUUCCUAAUAUAGAUAGGUUUUUUUCUUCUUUUUUUGUCAACAACUGAUUUUUUAAUAAAUCUUGUACUGUUUUUUGCUUAA